AUGGCCCCUGCUGCGAGCGUGCCCUGCCUGGACAGUCUGCACCUUCCCCCCCGCGGUGACGUGGGCCACACUGCGACUCGUCAUGUUGGGGCUUCGCUGGGCAGUGCGGUUGCGACAAAUGUGCCUUCUUCUUCACCGGCGCCGGGUUCGUCCAGGACCCCUGCAACAAGAAGGUCGAGACCACCUAAGGAGGAGCCCAAGCCCGAGGAGAGAUCGAGGUCCAGGACGCCGGCGAGAACAAGGAGCCGGGGGAAGGACGACUCGGUCGAUCCCGGCGUCCCGGCAGUGGGUCAGAACUUUGACCUCUCCGCGUCGGGCUUCACGCAGAAGGUCUACGAACCAGGCCCCCUCAGAGACCUCCAGCUCAAAGGAGGCCCGCGCAUGUUGCGCUGGCAGGGCGGGCCGAACCUCGCCGAACACAGCUCCAAGGCGCUUUUCAUGGAGGCGGGUCAGAGAUACCAGAAAGGCCUGCGUAUGGGACCGUGCAACCUGCUUGAAGAUGAAGGAGGUCGCAAAGGCCCCGGAGACACUUGGCGAAACCCCGGAUCAGGGCUAUGGGCUUGCUUUGGGCCAUCAAACCGCGCCGCUCUCCAGGUUAAUGGGAAGGGUGGAAGCCACCGAAAGCUACCAGACUUCACGGACGCCCUCAGGAAGCUGGGGGAUGACCGCAAGCUCAAGGCUACUUUGGGCCCAUCGCCAGCAUUGUUCGCGGGGCCCAGCGUCACAUCGCGAGCUACGCCUUCGCCGGCUACCAGAACACGGCCGCCCUUAGGAGAAGCAUGCAGGCAUUUGGCCACCAAAGGUGCUAAGUUCAACAAGGCCCUCGACGUCGCCCGCAACAAGGAGGCCUUGGCCGAGGCCGUGCGGAUCCUCGAGGGUAAGUUCUUUGCGGACUCCAACAAGGCGCCUCAGGCACGCAAGGAAGCCGACGUCCUGGAGUUGAUGACUGCCAUCGCCUCAGGAGGUCAUGCCUUCCCGCUUACUCCGAAAAGCGUGAUUGAGUUCGGGGCAACCCUGCUGAGCGCCGGGUACAAGUCGGCGGAACAGACCUUUGACAUCACAAAGCGGGCCUUGGGCAGGGACAAGGCGAAGGCCAACAGGGCGCCCGAGUUCCAGGUGGAAGACUUCCCGAUCGAUGCGGCGGUCCACGACCUCGUCGUCGGGGAGCUGGCUUUCCCGACCUUCACCUACUGCCUUGCCCUGGCCUUCAUGCUUCGACUAUGUGAACUUGUGCUGCUGACCUGGGAAGACCUCGAGUGGGAUGAUCGAAAGGUCACGCUGCGCAUCAAGAAGUCCAAGACCGACCAAGCAGGCAAAGGAGUCAGGCGCACGCUGGGCUGCACGUGUCGCUCGUCGCCGGCUACGUGUCCUGUCGAGUUGGUCAAGAAUCUCGCGGCGGCUGUAGACAAGGCGUUGCCGGGAUACCGCAGUGCCAAAGCUUGGGUUGCAUGCUCGACGGAAGGCCUCCAGGCUUCGAAGGAGAAGGUGGUGGCCUCGUGGUCAAAGGCAGCGAGCACCCCGCUCAGGGGGCACAGCCCGCUACGCUCGGGGGCGAUGUUCUAUGUCAGGGCGGGCCUCUCCAUCGCCGAGGUGACCUACUUAGGCAGGUGGCACUCAGACUUAGUGUUCCAGUACGGUGAAGAGGCCUGGGAAGGGCAUCCUAUGAACGAAGGGAGCCACCGCCCGGACACCAAGAAGUCAGCAAGCGACAAGCAGCUCCUUCCGCAGCCCAAAGUGAAGCCGGCUUUGAUUGCGGCCGCCUGUGAACCACACACUGCAGAGGAGUCGGCGCCAGCGCAGACGGUCCUCGUCGAAGAGCUUCAGACUGAGAAACCGAAAUGGGUCAGAGCAACGGGGAGAUCGAAAGUUGUCCACCUCCUCGGCAAGCAUGCCGGGAACUCGUCAGCCUCUUGGAAAACGAAGUGCGGGUGGCCCUUUGCGAGAGCCUGUCACUUCACUUUGUACUUGAACCCUCCGCCUAGCGUUCCGAAGUGCAAAAGCUGCCGCAUGAAUUUGGAGAAGUCCCGCGGCGAGCCAGAUGGAUUGAGAAUUGCGGGAGGCGAUGCUUCGCAGAGCAGCAUGGGCAGCGCUUUCUGA